AUGUCUUCUCGGCUUCGUGGUUUGGACGCGUUCGACCCCGACGUUGCCGGGGAACAACCACAUGGGACACCGUCUAGUCUUGCGCAACAGGCUCUAACGCGUGUAUAUGAACAGGACCAAAGGCUACGGAAAAAUGGAUCGAGGGUGUCCGAUCAACCCCCAGAUCUGUCAUCGAAAGGGAAACCUAGGUUGCUCCUGAUGGGGCAGAGAAGGAGUGGUAAAUCGUCGAUAUCGAGCGUGGUUUUUCACAAAUUACCCCCGAGUGAGACUCUAUUUCUAGAGUCAACUGCGCGCAUCCAAAAAGACACCAUGCCGUCUUUUAUGGAUUUCCAAGUAUGGGAUUUCCCAGGUCAAAUCGACAUCUUUGAUAACCCAACCUUCGACAUCGAUGCCAUGUUUGGCGAGAUAGGUGCCUUGAUUUGGGUCAUAGACGCUCAGGAUGAUUAUCUAGAGGCAGUAGCCCGCUUGAAUGUGACUAUACUAAACCUCCAACGGACGUAUCCGAACAUCAAAAUCGAGGUGUUCAUUCACAAAGUUGAUGGAUUAUCAGACGACUACAAGUUAGAUAUCCAAAGAGAUAUCACUAUUCGGAUCCAAGACGAACUCUGCGACCACGGGUUUGAAAACGCGCCGGUCACUUUUCACUUGACUAGCAUAUACAACCAUAGCAUUUUCGAGGCGUUCAGCAAAGUGAUUCAGAAGCUUAUUCCUCGACUUGGUAUACUCGAAGCGAUGCUUACUAACCUCUGCCGUACUUGUCGUUUCGAAAAAGCCUAUCUAUUUGAUGUUUUGUCUAAGAUAUACAUUGCGACCGACAGCGAACCCGCAGAUAUGGCAAGCUACGAAAUCUGCUCUGACUAUAUUGACGUUAUAAUAGACGUCACAGAAGUAUACGGAAGCUGGCCCCGCACUCAGAAGUACCGCGAAGCUCUGGAAGGCCCGCCUUGGAACCAGAAGAUAGAGGAUCAGGUGGCCUCGGGAUGUGCCGAGAGCUGCAUGGUAUUGAGCGACGGAAACAAACCGAUCAUACUACGUGAGGUCGACAAGUACCUCGCACUAGUUGCGAUCAUGAAGGAAGACAGCUACGACAAGAUGCCACUUGUCAACAUGAAUGUCGAGGUUGUUGUGCAGGGUGUGAAGGAGUUCUUCGAAAUUACGAAGCCAAAAUAA